AUGACAGGCACGGUGCCGGAGACGAGCGCAGGCUUCCGGGUAACGUUCCUCUACGGUCAGUACGAAGGGGCCAACGUGGCCUUGCUCUUCAACCCCCGCUUUGAGGGCGCCCCCCACAUCGUCUUCAACAGCUUGGUGGAGAGAAAGUGGGGCCAGGAGGAGCGGGAGGAAAACAGCCCCCUCCGCAAAGGGAAGAGCUUCACGCUGACGUUCACCACCACCGCCAAGGCGUACGAGGUGACAGUGAACGAGCGUCAUCACUACGCGUUCCGGCACCGCCUCCCGCCGGAGCACGUGCGCUUCCUGGAGGUGCACGGCGACGUGAAGCUGGAGGCCAUCAGCUGGGAAGGGGGCGGCAGUUACUGGAACCGCCUCACAGCGGUGCCCGGUUGGGGAGCCUCCCGCAUGUAUUAG